AUGUUCAUAACAGCAGCGGACAUAGGAAAAUUUCUAUCAGAAAUAGUAAUUAGGUCUUAUGCAAAAUUACUGGAAUUCUGGCACUUUAUUGCUUCAACUGUGGAGUUGCUUCGCACGAACAUGUUUGACGGCGAGAUCGAUUCAGUAGACUCUUUACAGCUGAAGAAAAAACGUCGAGAGUCCGAUGAAGAGACGUCAGAAGACGACGAGGACCGCCUACAAUUGCCAAUAGCGUCAUAUUUUGCUCUGAUCAUAGGUUAUUGUUGCAUUGGAAGUCUUCUAUUUAAUACAUUCGAGAAAGGUCCCAUAUGGUCCUUCAUACAUGGUCUCUUUUUUUCCUUCAACACAAUAACAACGAUUGGCUUGGGUAACAUAUACGUGAGAAGUCACUUCUAUUUAGCAUUGGUUGUGGUUUAUGUGAUCAUCGGUCUUGCGGUGAUCACUGCAUCAUUAGAUCUGUGCUCAUCAACUCUCAAGCGGACAUUCACCAAGUUGCACUAUUUCGGCCGAAAAAUUAGGGGUGCCAGAAGAGGAUUCGCUAACAUGAGUGACGACAUACGAGAAGCUAUGAGAAUUAUUGCUGCUCUCAAAAAGACGAGGCCAAGCAAGGACCGAAUAACGUUAGAGGAUCUCAAGCGAUUCUUGGAAGUUCAAGAGCAUCUAUUACGACAACCUUACGUUCCAUAUAAUGUUCACUUGAUGCGAUGGAUAGAGGACAAUGUAGGACAACAAAUGUAUGCUCACUAUCUGGAUGACAUAUCUGUAAAUGGCAAAGGACCAAUGAGCCCAGUCGCACUUUCGCAUAAAAUGUCGUCAAGUGACCCCAUGCUAUUUUUCUAA